UUAAGUGGCUUUGAUAAAAUGCGCAGGCGCAUUGCACUUUCUAGAAUCGUGUAAACACUUCUGACUUUUUGAUGUUGUGUUUAGAGCUCGUAGUCACCUAUAUCGAUUCAUACUUGACACCAUGCAGUUGUUUGUUUGUGCCCAGACUUUGCACUCUGUUCAUCUGAAUGGGUCAGAGACUGUUGCCCAUAUCAAGGCCCAGAUUGAAGCUUUGGAAGGUCUGGCCUGUGAUGAUCAGAUCAUUUCACACUGCGGGAUUCCCCUUCAGGAUGAGACACUGGUUUGUCAGUCUGGUAUUGAGGAGUUCAACACUCUUGAGGUCUCCUCGAGGCUGUUAGGAGGCAAAGUCCAUGGUUCCCUGGCUAGAGCAGGAAAGGUCAGAGGACAAACUCCCAAGGUGGACAAGCAGGAAAAGAAAAAGAAAAAGACCGGCAGGGCAAAAAGAAGAAUUCAGUACAACCGGCGCUUUGUCAAUGUUGUCCCAACAUUUGGCAAAAAGAAAGGACCAAAUGCCAACUCAUAAAUUUCUCUUCAAAACGACUAUAAAUGUUCACUGCAUUCCUGGGCAGUUUUCUUUGCUUUAUCAGUAAUAGAUUUUUUUUUUUUAAAAGAAAAUUGUAAUGUAAAAGCCAACUGAGUCAUAAAAGUAAUCUGUGCACUUUAUAUGCUACAACAAUAUUUUGUACUAGUAUAGUGGAAGAAAGAUGGUUUGUUGCAAAUAAAAAAAAACAUUUAAUGCAA